GUGGCUUUAGCUUAGCGCGAAUUUUUCUUGGAGCGUCUCAAGUUUGUUGCUUGACAGACAGGCUCAUCACGGAGGUUCACGGUGAGUUAAACAAAGGUUAAACUCACCACUCUCUGUUCCACGCGGGUCAGAGAGUGGGCUGCUGCUGUGUCUGACCUUUGGAGAUAAGAAAUGGCGGAUGCCGGAGAUCUAAUGGACGGUGACCUGGAAGAUGGAGAGAUCUCCGGGUCCGACUCGGAGAUGGGAACCGCCGCCGCCGCCGCAGCAGUAGCAGCAGCAACACAAGCUCGACCCCUGCUUCCUCCAGCUUUUAGCGGCCAGUCCUUCAACAACAGAGCCGCAGCUCAGCCCCCUGCCGCCGCCUACCGCAACGCUGGUAGGACGGUGGAGUCCAGUGACAGUGACCCGGACUCGUCGGACGAGGAAGCGGCUGUUUGGCGCCGGAAGCGUCAGAAAGUGUCCAGCGCUCCCCAGCCACCUGCCUUCACCAACCGGGCAAGGCCGGCCAACACGCACACCCCUGCCGCACUGGAAGGCCGUAAGGUGAACAACAUCUGGGGCUCUGUGGUCGCGGAGCAGUGCCAGGAUGCCGUAGCUGCAGAGCUGGGGAUAUUCGGCAUGGAGGGUGAGGUCAGCACGUCCAGCAGAAAUGUGGAGACUUAUAACUUUGUCCUCGCUCGUAAGAUAAUGGAGAAGGAGAGGGAGAUGGAGAAGGAGAAGGGUGGAGGAGAAGUGAGCAUGCUGGACGCCCAGCUGGAGGAAUACAUGCAGGGCAGGGAAUCAGAGGAGAGGGCAGGAGGUGAUGCAAAGAGGAAGAGGACUGCUAAAGAGAGACUGGGCCCCAGGGCCGAGAUGGACAUCAAGGGCCGGUAUGAGAUCACAGAGGACGACCCUGAGGAUAAGGUGGCGGACGAGAUAGCACACAGGCUGCAAGAGCCUAAAAAAGAACUAAUAGAGCGCAUUGUCGAAGUCAUCGGAAAGAAAAAAGCCAUAGAACUGCUCGGUGAGACUGCCACGCUGGAGGAAAGCGGCGGCGUGUACACCAUGGACGGCAGCAGGCGCCGGACGCCCGGCGGCGUGUAUCUGAAUCUGCUGAAAAACACGCCCAGCAUCACCAAGGCCCAGGUGAGGAAGAUUUUCUUAGAGGAACACCAGAAAGAGUACAAGAGCAAGAAGGCCGCCCAGAAGAGGAGGCGGCACAUGGUGGCCAAGAAGAUGAAGCAGGCCAUCGGCACGCUGAACCUGCAGGAGCACGACGACGGCUCCAGGGAGACUUUCGCCAGUGAUACCAACGAGGCUUUGGAGUCACUGGAGGAAGAGGAGGGUCAGGUGGAAGCCGCUGUGGGUAUUGAGGAGACGGCAGUGGUCUACAACUCCACAGACCUGGAGGUCUUCUGAGGGCUGCCUGAACUCUGGGAUGUUUGACGGGACAGGACAUUCUGUGUGGAAAGUAAAUGGAAACACUCAAAACACUGUAUAAGUACUAUCUCUGCUAAGAACAGUCACAUGCGUGUGUGUCCUUUUUUGUUUGUUAGUUUGUCGUCUAAACAAUAAAAGGAGAGCGUUUGUUAUUAAAAUAUAGUUUGAUCUGUCUGAUACAGCAUGGAGAGUUCAAUCAUAAUGAUCAAAAACGCACCCAAGCAUUUUGGAGUAAGUGACGCACUCUCGUUGAUUUGCAAAUAUAACUUUCUUUGUUAACAAGGUCUUGAUUUAUGAAAUGAAUAUGUGUGACUGUAUCUGGAAUAUAAAUAAAGAUUGCUUGGGUAAAACUGG